AUGUAAUCCGAAGAUAUAACAAAUUAACAAUUAACAAGGUGCAUCAACAUUAAGUUGUUUUGCCAACUCCUAAUAUCAUGGUAUUUUCUAGAUGAAACAUCCUAUUGAAUAGAUUAAUUCUUUCUGACCUUUUACCUACCUUAAUACUCGCAACUUAUUUUCUCAUUUAGAUGCUUUUCUAUGUUUUAUUAUUUCCCUUUUUAUUUGUUUUUAUAUCUUUAUGGUAGGAAAUUUUGGAUUUAAUAACAACUAAAAAAACCCCACAUUUUUUUUUUUGUCUUGUGUCAUUUUAAUGUUUGCUCAUUUUCUUUCUUUCUUUCUUUCUCAGUUGAAUGGUUAAUUAGUGUGUAUAAUUCAUCUAUUAGAUUACAUGGCAUGCAUGAGAAUUGGCUCUAAAUCUGACUCUUUGCGUCGUGAAGGCCAAACUUGGAUUUGUUCAUCUGGUCUUGCAAGUGAUGUUACCAUAGAUAUUGGUGAUAUAUCUUUUCACUUACACAAGUUUCCCUUGAUCUCAAGAAGUGGACUGCUAGAGAAGCUUAUUGGAGAGUUCACAAGUGAGGAUGGAUCAAGCUGCAUCGUCAGACUCGAUGAAGUACCUGGUGGAUCCAAGGCAUUUGAACUUGUUGCUAAAUUUUGUUAUGGAAUGAAGCUUGAGAUUAAUCCCUCCAACGUAGUCUCUCUACGUUGUGCAGGAGAAUACCUCGAAAUGACUGAAGAGUAUGGGGAGGGAAAUCUCAUUGCCCAAACUGAGGCCUUUUUUAGUGAAGUAUUCAGCAGCUGGACAGACUCGAUGCAGGCUCUUGUGACCUGUGAAGAAGUUCUCGAGCAAGCAGAGGAAGCUCAUGUUGUGUCAAGGUGCAUAAAUUCCUUGGCGAUUAAAGCAUGUUCGGAUCCUAGCUUGUUUGGAUGGCCAGUUAGUGGACAAAGUAAGAACUCCAAAGAGAAGUCUUUAUGGAACAGGAUUUCUUCAGGGAGCAAGUCACAGAUUACUACUGCUGAUGAUUGGUGGUAUGAGGAUGUAUCUUCUCUUAGUUUUUCGCUUUAUAUGAGGCUUAUUAAAGCUGUUGAAGCAAGGGGAAUGAAACCUGAAAGAGUUUCUGGUUCAAUCAUGUUUUACGCUAGGACUAAUAUCCCUCUUUUGAAUAAGCAAGCUGAAAAGGAUACAACCAAGCAAGGAUCAGAGACUUCAACUACUCUGUUGUCUGAAGUUGACCAAGGGAACCUUCUUGAAGACAUCGUAAAUCUACUUCCUACACAAAAAGGCGUCACACCAACCAAAUUUCUGCUAAGGCUACUGAAAACUGCUAUGAACUUACAUUGUAAUCCGCCUUGCUUGGAAAAUUUGGAGAAAAGGGUAGGAGCUCAACUAGACCAAGCCACAUUGGUAGAUUUGCUAAUUCCAAACACAGGGUUUGCGUUAGAAACAUUGUAUGAUACUGAUUGUGUUCAGAGGAUUGCCGAUCAUUUCAUGAAAAUGCAGUUAGGCGUGUCUGGAACAUCUUCUCCUACAACAGCAGAAGAUGGUGUCCAGUUGAUAAAUGCAUCUGAAUCUAUUGCUUCCAUGACUUUGGUGGCCGAACUUAUUGAUUUUUACCUUGCUGAGGUUGCCCCUGAUGUCAAUGUUAAGGCUCCCAAAUUCCAGGCUCUUGCUGCUGUGAUCCCUGAUUAUGCAAGGCCUAGAUAUGAUGCUUUCUACCAUGCCGUUGAUAUCUAUCUUAAGGCACAUCCAUGGCUCACAGAGUCCGAGAGGGAGCAAAUUUGCAGGUUAAUGAAUUGUCAGAAGCUGUCACUAGAAGCCAGUACUCAUGCAGCACAAAAUGAGCGGUUGCCACUUCGAAUGGUAGUCCAAGUCCUUUUCUUUGAACAACUAAGACUUCGAACUCAGAUCUCUGGAUGGUUUUUCUUGUCUGAUAACCUCGAUAGCUCGCAAAAUAGAGAUCAAGAUGAGAUUGUGGAUCAGGAUCGAGCUUUAGUGGUUGCUGGUGAUGUGAGGAAUCGAGUUUCUGAGCUUGAGAAGGAAUAUCAAACUAUGAAAAAAGAGAUACAGAAAAUGACUAAGACCAAGAAAAAAUGGAGCAUAUUUUCGAAAAUGUUUGCCAGACCUAAACCGCGUGCUCAGUUAAUCCAGCCAAAAUCUGGGCUUACAAAAGUGCAACAAGCAUCUCUUCUCAAAACCCAAGAGUUGGAGAAUACAAAGUUUACAGAGUUAGAUGGUACAAAUCAAAAUUAGAAGGGUAAUGAUUUUGUGUUUGCUUCUCAUUUUCUGCUUGGUACUUUAGUUUUAAAGACUCCUAUGUUCUACAUUUUCUUGUUAGAAAGGUUCUUUUAUGUUGCAGAAAUUCAACACUCGUGACUUUUUUCUACUUAGUUCGUUGUAAUGUAAGUUAUUGCGUUACUGUCUUACUGAUUUUCCUACACUGCUUCCUCUCCCUAAGUUUUCGAACAAGCUUGAUCAGAAUAAGCAUUGGACAUCUUGUUUUGAUAUAAUCCAGCUUGAAAGUUUAUUAGUUUGUGUGGCAUUUUUGUUUUCUAGAUUUGACAGUCCUUUUGGUAUAUUACGGAAGAGGGUGUUUCGUUUACUUAUUCUGGCAGUAUGGUAACAAAGUAAAUCACCUACUUCCGCUAGGGUUUCGAGGGUAAGGGCAGCGACAGUCGGCGGUUUUAAGGGGACGAGGCUGGGUUUUCGGGCAAGUUAAUUUUUUCCGACGAGGGGAGAAUUCUUCUAAGGAAGGUGCGAUGGGUUCCAAUUUGGAGAAGGGAAGGUGCGGCACCUACCAGCGAGGACUGGACGAGAUCCGACGAGGACUAGGCCAGCUUCGGCGAUGUGGUUUUGCGGUGGGGGUAAGUGGGUAAGGUAGUGGGCUGGUGUGUGUAGUGGAGGCUUAGGAAAGGGAAUGGGAAAGUCUAGGGGAGGGUGGGGAAUCAAGAUAGAAGAAUUUGAGGUAAACUCAAAAAUAAAAAUAGGUAAAGGGAAUGAAAAAAAUGACAAACAAACAGCA